AAGAUGAAUAUUAGUGAAUUUUUUCACAGAAGAUCACAAUUUUAUGUAAAGGGAAAAAUACUACUGCGAACAGUGAUUUCAACGAACACUGUUCACUCGGCGUGUAACUACAGCCCCUGCGUCGCUCGUAGCCUGCUUACCGACGUAUAAUUUUGUAAUUUUUUAUUAAGAGUUAUUUAUUUAAAUAUUAAUGUUAGAAAAUAUAAAAAUAAAAUAAACUCAGCAAUUUGCACGCCCCAAAACUCCCACCGGCCAGCCAGACCUGUGCGGGUGCAGCAGUCCAAUGGGUGGUCCAAAUAGGGGCCUCCCGUCGACCCCUCGACGGCUUCCCUCGUCUCUCAGUCACAAUCUCCAUCGCUGCAGCUGCCACGUCUGAGCACGGCCGCGGGCAGCGGCAGUGCUAGUGGGCUGCCGUCUUCCCCCGGUCUUCUCCUCCCACCUCCUACGCCAAUUUUUCUUUCAGACUUCCCGCGUCCCGCCGCUGCCUCCGCGGCUCCUGCCUCUUCGGGUCGGGCGCAUGUCCCGCCGCGUCCACGCCGGCGGCGGUUCCCGACUGGAGCGCGUCAUCCAGGACCGGUACUACGCCGGAUGCAUCGACCCCGGGGACGCGCUCCGCCUGUUCGACGAAUUGCUCCAGCAAGAUGGGAAAUCCUCGAUUCGUGCCGUCAACUGCCUCCUCACCGCCGCCGCCCGUGACAGCCCCGCGCCCGCCGUCUCCCUCUUCAACCGCGUGGCGCGGGCCGGCGCCGAGAAGGUGGCUCCCGAUGUGUGCACAUUCGGCGUCCUCAUCCGCUGCUGCUGCCGCGCGGGCGAACUGAGCCUCGGGCUUGCCGCGUUCGGGCAGAUCCUCAAGACGGGGUUGAGGGUGAAGGCCAUCGCCGUUAAUCAAUUGCUCCACGGCCUCUGUGUGGGGAAGAGGGUGGGCGAGGCCAUGGACGUAGUGCUCCGACGAAUGCCCGAGCUCGGUUGCACGCCUGAUGUCUUCUCCUACAACACUCUUCUCAAGGGGCUCUGUGGUGACAAGAAGAGUCAAGAAGCGCUCGAGAUGAUCCACAUUAUGGCUGAUGAUGGAGGCAACUGCGCUCCAGAUGUGGUGUCAUAUAACACCGUCAUUGACGGCUUCUUUAAAGAGCACGAGGUGGGGAAAGCUUACAGUCUAUUUCGUGAAAUGCUGGAUUGUGGGAUUUCGCCAGAUGUUGUGACUUACAACUCAAUCAUUGAUGGCCUGUGCAAGGCUCAAGCUAUGGACAAGGCUGAGGCGGUUCUACAGCAGAUGUUUGAUAAAGGUGUUGUGCCAGAUGGCACCACGUACAGUAGUCUUGUGCAUGGAUAUUGCACUUCAGGACAGUGGAUGGAGGCAGUUAUAAUGUUGAAAGAAAUGUCCAGAAAGGGUCUUGGACCCAAUAUUGUUACUUAUAACUCGAUUAUGGACUAUCUUUGCAAGAAGGGAAGAUGUGCAGAUGCUAGAAAGAUUUUUGAUUCCAUGAUCGAGAAAGGCCGAAAACCUAAUGUUACUACGUAUAGUGUUCUUCUUCAUGCAUAUGCUACCAGAGGAGCUCUUGAUGAUAUGCACAAUCUACUCACUUUGAUGACAGCAAAUGGUAUUGCACCUGAUCAUCAUGUCUUCAACAUAUUGAUAUGUGCGUAUGGUAAAUAUGAAAUGGUUGAUGAAGCAGUGCUUAUAUUUACAAAAAUGCAGCAGCAAGGACUGAAACCUAAUAUAGUGAGCUAUGGAACUAUAAUAGAUGCACUUUGCAAACUUAGUAGAGUGGAUGAUGCCAUGUCCCAAUUCAACCAGCUUAUCAAUGAAGGAUUUACUCCUAACGUCAUAAUUUUUACCUCCCUAAUUUAUGGUCUCUGUACCCUUGGCAAAUGGAAGGAGGCUGAGGGAUUAGCUUUUGAAAUGAUCAAAACAGGCAUCCACCCCAAUGCUGUCUUCUUCAACAUGAUAAUGGGCAACCUAUGCAAAGAAGGAAGGGUUAUGGAAGCCCAAAAUAUCUUGGACUUGAUGGUUCAUAUAGGUGUGAAACCUGAUGUCAUUACAUACAGUACUCUAAUAGAUGGAUGUUGCUUAGCUCGUAAGAUGGAUGAAGCGAUGAAGCUACUUGAUGAUAUGGUCGUUGUUGGCCUGCAACCUAAUGUUGUACUAUAUAAUACGCUGAUAAAUGGAUUUUGCUUAGAUGGAAAGAUGGAUGAAGCGAUGACGCUAUUUGCUAGUAUGGUUGCUGUUGGCUUGCAACCUGAUGAUGUUACCUAUGGUACGGUGAUCAAUGGCUACUGUAAGAAUGGAAGGACAGAGGAUGGAUUAGCUCUUAUCAGAGAUAUGUUGAACAAGGGUGUAAAACCUGAUGUCAUUACAUAUAACAUAAUGCUGCAAGGGUUAUUUCGGACUGGAAGGACUGCUGCUGCAAUGGAACUCUAUCUCAAGUUGAUCAACAGUGGAACACGCUUUGAUAUUUUCACAUACGGUAUAAUUCUAGAAGGACUUUGUAAAAAUAAUCACAUCCAUGAGGCACUCCAAAUGUUUCAGAGCCUGUGCUUGAUGGAUUUUCGACUUGAUACUAGAAGUUACAAUAUUAUGAUUGAUGCCUUGCUUAGAUAUGGUAGGAAGGAUGAAGCCCUGGGUUUGUUUGCUGCUAUAUCGGCUAAUGGUUUAGUGCCUGAUGUUGUGACCUACAGAUUAAUAAUAGUAUAUCUUAUAGAAGAAGGGUUGCUAGAAGAGUCUGAUGACAUGUUUCUAUCUACGGAGAAUAAUGGCUGCGCCGCCAACUCCCUUAUGCUAAAUGCUAUAGUUAGAAGCUUACUUCGCAAAAAUGUGAAUGACAAGGCUGGGACUUACCUCUAUAAAAUUGAUGAACGGGGCUUCUCUCUUGAAGCUUCUACAGCUUCCUUGUUGAUAUCUAUGUUCUCACAAGGAAAGUAUCAGCAUGAUCUGAAGUUUCUACCUGAAAAAUAUCAUUUUCACAUGGAAGCCUGCAACGGUUGACACAUUUGCUGGAACGGUUUGAUUUCUGAUUCUAAGAAAAGAGUGCUAGUUAAUUAAGGUCCAGGCCUUUUCUUAGUCAAAGCACAAUUGCCUUAUCAAAUAGGUGCACUUCACCUGUCCUUAUUUUGCACGCUGGCAAGCUCCUGUUGUAUUCUGUUGGGUUUGUAGAAAAGCUAUUAUUAUCUUGCAGAUUAUUCUUUUAUGUUCUGUAGAAUGAUGCUUGAAUGCUUGAUAAGUUGAUAAUACACCAAAAGGCUGAAAGAAGGCAAAAUGGUCCAAUUCGUGGGAUACUUCAUCUGAGGUGCGCAUUUGAAGAUGAUGGCAUCAUUGUAAAAGGUCGUAGGUAUAUGGUUUGAUUUACAAGAAACCUGAAUGGUGGUGCAUGGAGAAUCUGAAUGUUUGGAUCACCCCAGUGAACAUCCUCUGUUUUUGCUGGGUUGAAGUCUUGAAGACCGAAUAAUCAUCGGCCGGGGGACCUGCAACCUCUGCAGUGUGAGAGCAGAGAGCCCUCUGAAUCUACAGAAAAACUACACCCUGUGGAGAAAAGGCUCCUCCGGGUGCUGUCCAAGAGCAUGAAUCCUGCUUUGAGUGGUGGAGCAAAAGGAGCCAAGCACCCGUGUCAUCUAUUCGGACGCACGGUCGGCGAGCAGCAGCAAACCAGGGCUAGAGUAGAGCAGUCUUGUGCAAAGAAUCGGUCAGGCUACUCGUACCAUUCCAGGCACCGGAUCUGUGGGCAGACAAGUCGCGUGCAAAUGAAUAUUCUGCUUACGGGAUCACUGUGUCAGCCUUCCAGCUUCCAUUUCUGCUAGGGAGUGUUCCCUGUGUAAUGGAGAUUUGCUUGUCGUCAGCGUAAGCAUGUCCAAUUUGUUCACACCGUGCAAACCCUCUUCGGUGAUGGAUUCGCAUCCUGACUUGCUUCGGUAAAGUCAGAGGUGCUACAGUCACUUGCAGUUUGUAUAUUUCCGUCCACGGGAUCACGAAUGUACGGUCAGGAUUUUGGUGAUACAGUAUUGCUACAGUACCUUUUCAACGGUGAUAAGCUGUAUUUUACUGUUUAUACACUCAUGAAUUACUAUAGCACCUCUGACUUUACCGAAGAGGAUGCGGGUCCCUU